AUGGAUCUGCUGUGUGGCUGGAUGGAUCUGCUGUGUGGCUGGAUGGCUCUGCUGUGCUGUGUGGCUAGAUGGAUCUGCUGUGCUGUGUGGCUGGAUGGAUGUGCUGUGCUGUGUGGCUGGAUGGAUGUGCUGUGCUGUGUGGCUGGAUGGAUCUGCUGUGCUGUGUGGCUGGAUGGCUGUGCUGUGUGGCUGGAUGGAUGUGCUGUGCUGUGUGGCUGGAUGGAUGUGCUGUGCUGUGUGGCUGGAUGGAUGUGCUGUGCUGUGUGGCUGGAUGGAUCUGCUGUGCUGUGUGGCUGGAUGUGCUGUGCUGUGUGGCUGGAUGGAUGUGCUGUGUGGAUGGAUGUGCUGUGUGAUGGAUGUGCUGUGCUGUGUGGCUGGAUGGAUGUGCUGUGCUGUGUGGCUGGAUGUGCUGUGCUGUGUGGCUGGAUGUGCUGUGCUGUGUGGCUGGAUGUGCUGUGCUGUGUGGAUGGAUGUGCUGUGCUGUGUGGCUGGAUGGAUCUGCUGUGCUGUGUGGCUGGAUGGAUCUGCUGUGCUGUGUGGCUGGAUGGAUCUGCUGUGUGGCUGGAUGGAUGUGCUGUGCUGUGUGGCUGGAUGGAUGUGCUGUGCUGUGUGGCUGGAUGGAUGUGCUGUGCUGUGUGGCUGGAUGGAUGUGCUGUGCUGUGUGGCUGGAUGGAUGUGCUGUGCUGUGUGGCUAGAUGGAUCUGCUGUGCUGUGUGGCUGGAUGGAUCUGCUGUGCUGUGUGGCUGGAUGGAUCUGCUGUGUGGCUGGAUGGAUGUGCUGUGCUGUGUGGCUGGAUGGAUGUGCUGUGCUGUGUGUACUGCUGGAUGGAUGUGCUGUGCUGUGUGUAGAGAAAAGGGGAAAGAAUAA